CUCUCACCAACACAAACCAUUUCAAUACAUUUCUGAAUUUCUCUGAAUUCAGUUUUCUCUCUCGUUUUAACAAUGGCCGACGUAGUUGCCGAGAUCCCCAUCCCCACAAAGAAAUCAAGAGGAAGCAGAAAGGCUCUCAAGGAGAAACCAUCGACCAAUGAUGCCAACAUCAUAGCUGGGGAGGCAACUAUUUCUCCCAUUUCUGAGAAUCUUUCUAACCCUAAGAAGGGUAAAGCUGCAUCAAAGAAACAACAAAAUCCAAAGGAACGAUCUUUCGAGCAAGAUUUGCUCGAGAUGCAGGAAAAGAUGGAGCAGUUGCGUCUCGAGAAAGAGAAGACCGAGGAGCUGUUGAAAGCCAAAGAUGAGAUCUUGAAGCAAAAGGAUGAAGAACUCGAGAAUCGUGGCAAGGAGCUUAAGAAAUUGCAGAAAUUGAAAGAAUUCAAACCCACCAUGAAUUUGCCUAUGGUGAAAGACAAGGAACAAGAGAAGAAGGAAAAGAAAAAGAAUGGGUGCCCUGAGAAGAAAAGGCCUUCCUCAGCAUACAUGUUAUGGGUCAAAGAUCAAUGGCAUGAGGUUAAGAAGGAAAAUCCAGAGGCAGAAUUUAAGGACAUUUCAAACAUUUUGGGGACUAAAUGGAAGACAGUUAGUGAAGAAGAGAAGAAGCCUUAUGAGGAGAAAUACCAAGCUGAAAAAGAGGCUUAUUUGCAAGUAAUUACAAAGGAAAAACGUGAAAUUGAGGCAAUGAAACUCUUAGAAGAGGAACAGAAGCAGAAGACUGCUAUGGAAUUGCUUGAACAGUUUAUGCAAUUCAAACAAGAUGCAGAAAAGGAGAGCAAGAAGAACAAGAAAGAGAAGGAUCCAUUGAAACCAAAGCAUCCUAUGUCAGCUUUUUUCCUGUUUACUAAUGAUAGAAGAGCAGCUAUUCUUGCAGACAACAAGGGUAUCUUGGAGGUUUCCAAGAUAACGGCUGAAGAGUGGAAAAACAUGACAGAAGAACAAAAAAGGCCUUAUGAAGAGAUUGCAAAGAAGAACAGGGAGCAAUAUGCUCAAGAAAUGGAGGCUUACAAACAGAAGAAAGAUGAGGAGGCUGCAAAUCUUAUGAAGGAAGAGGAAGAACAUAUGAAACUUCAGAAACAUGAAGCCUUGCAAUUGCUCAAGAAAAAGGAAAAAACUGAAAACAUGAUCAAGGAAACAAAAUUGAAUCGGCAGAAGAAGAAACAUAACAAGGAAGAAAAGAAUUCUGAUCCAAACAGGCCUAAAAGACCUGCAUCCUCGUAUAUUCUUUUCAGCAAAGAAGCAAGGAAGAGUAUACUGGAGGAACGUCCAGGAGUAGGAGGAAACAUGCUUAACACACUUAUUUCAAUGAAGUGGAAGGAUAUGAGUGAGGAAGAUAAACAAUUGUGGAAUGGCAAAGCAUCUGAAGCAAUGGAUGCAUACAAGAAGGAAAUGGAGGAAUACAACAAAUCUAUUGUUGCAAAGCUGGAGCAGAAAACCAAUGAGUAAUAAUUGACUUUGUCAUGUUCAAAUCUGUAUUGAACAUAUAUGCUUGAUUGGCUUCUUAAAAUAAAUCAUAUGUUUGAUUUAAUUUUCUAGUUGUAAUAAUUUCUUGAAGGAAUAACAAUUGGUUUUGAUUUCAGACCAUUUUCCGUUUCAA